AAUCCAUGGACGACAGCUUCAGGCUCCGCGCCGAUAAGAUUUUCGGAUCCCUCUCCGCGUCGCUCUCUUCGUCUCGGCAGCCACCGCAGUCCUCUCCCUGGUCCGUCGCCGGCGCCGAGGUUGAGCGCCGCCAAUGGAGGCGCCCCUCUGACGACGACGCCCCCGACAGAGACGACACUCCUUGUGCUUCGUCGUUUCAAGGCGACUUCGGAAUCGGAUCUUCCAUCGGCAAGGAUCCUACCCUCGAUUUCGAGGAAGAGGAAGAUGAAUAUGACAAGGUGGCUUCAGGUGCCGAAGCUGUUGAUAAUGAUCGGUUGUUUAUGGACAAUGUCACUAACCACGGCUCGUAUUUGAAUUCUUACAAUGUACUAGUUGGUAAGGAUUCGCGUGCCAGUCACCUGGCUGCGAGGCACAGGCUGAGUGAAGAUGAUGCCGAAGCUCAGAACACUAGCUGUGUGCCGGUGGCUUGUGCAAAAUCGCCUGAAGAUGGUGGUGGUGGUCAGCCAAAGCCGAUACUGAAAAGGAAGGACAGCGCAUCGGAUGGCAAGUCUCGCAAACGUGUUAGGUUUGACCCUGCUUUUGUAGAUCAGAGUGAUGGUGAAGAAUCGUCAGGGAGAGUGCAGAGCUUGGUUUCGGAUAACAAGACUGCUUCUCAGGUUCCUGAUUAUUUGGUGAAUCCUUCAAAGUACACUUGUUAUAGUUUUGAUUCAACGAGUGAAGUUGAUGAAGGUGGCAACACCAAGGCUUGUAUGGACUACAUUACUCAGGUUGAGAGCUCAGGGUCAGAGAUGGAGGAUGCUUCACCUCAAGUUCCCAAGUCUGUGACUUUUGUUCCAAAGAAGAAGACUGUGGAUGGUAGCACUAUAAUGAAGGAUGCUGAGGAAGAUGAGAAUAAGCAGUCCUUGAAUAAAAAAGGCAUCAGUGUUGGAAUUGCAGCCAUGGAAGAAGGUGAAAUCAGCGGGGCAGAGGAGGAAGACAUGUUGGAGCAGAAUGGUGAUAGUUUAUCAAAAAGUGGUCGCAAGUUUCGAACCAAGUCAAUGUUAGAUGAUGAGUCUGAUUCUUGAGGUUCUAUUUAGAUUCAACAUAAGCUGUGCUGGCUGCAAUAGUGUUUUGAUUAUGUUUCCUGAAUCAUGAUAAUGUGUAUAUUAACAGUUUAACACUCA